UCGAGUCCAGCGAGACGCUUCCCGUCUGGCAUGACUCUGCCCCGAGAGAGUCUUGCAGCAUUACUGGGGUAGGCAAGAGCGACAGAUUCUUUCGGUGAAACUGGUGUGUCUGUGCGUGUUCUGUCUGUGUCCGUAACGCGGGGAAAGAAAAGCGAGGAGGAAAUUAAGAGAGGAAUUUCGCCUGCUAAACAAACUGUUCUGUUUGUGAUCGCGAUAUCAUCAUUACUAUGUGUGUCUGUGGAGUCUUUUCUCCCGCGUACUUGAGCCAGUUGGUCUCGAAAUUGUAACGUUGUCUUUCAGUGGUCUUGACGAUGGUUGCAAAGACCCUUUUCGUGGAUGUCUUUCAGUGCUGAGAGAGGAAAGAGAGAUUGGAAGUUUCGUCCUAGUUUGUGUAAAACAGUGCUGGAUUCUUGGCGUAAAUCUAUUUCAUUGCAAGAGAUGAGUCAGAGAUAUUGAUUCGACGAGCUCUCAGGAAUAUUUGAUCAUUCUGAAGCAUGAGUGGUGUGAGGAGAGCCGCGUUGCUGCUGAGCCUACUGGUGCUUGAUGUUGCAUUGCUGAGGCUGGCCUCGGGAUGCGAGUACAGAAGCCUCGACCCGAGGCAUACCAUGUGUUCCUUCCGCCCGAGGCAGUGCUCCGGAAAGAACCUCUUGAAGAGUGGAGGACUUACCUGUCAGGAUAAGGAAUUAAUCCUGAAUACCCAUAACACCCUUAGACAAAAGGUGUCUAUGGGUCAUGUUCGUAACCAACCACCUGCCAUCAACAUGCGUACUAUGGUGUGGGACGACGAAUUAGCGACAGUGGCCCAACGUUGGGCCGACCAAUGUAUGCCGGGUCAUGACCGAUCCAGGAACGUCCAGCGAUUUACGGUGGGCCAAAACGUCGCAGCAACUUGGACCUUCGACCGGGACGUCGGGGACACCCCAGAUUUCGCCAAACAGAUCGAAGCCUGGUUCGACGAGGUCAAUCAGUACGGCUUCCAGAAGGGCAACGUCGACCCCUUCAGGUUCAACAAAGCCACUGGACACUAUACUCAGAUGGUUUGGGCUGAAACAUACCUUGUGGGUUGUGGCUACGCUUAUUACAAGGAUCCAUCGCGAGGUUACACCAAGAUCUAUGUUUGCAACUAUGCUCCUGGGGGUAAUGUGAUUGGUGGCUCCAUGUACAAGCUUGGAUUCCCUGGGCAACAGUACUGCGUCAGUGACGGUCUUCAUCCAUCUACUGCUUAUCAAGGACUUUGCGACCUAGAUGCUGUGAACCAGCCAACACCGUGCUCUUCAGGAUCAGGUUUCAUGCAGCCACCACCACCACCGCUUUCCAACAGUCUCAUGUCUGACAACGGACAUCACCACCACAUGGAUGCAGAACAUCAUCAGAUGCUCCCUCCCCCAAGCCCACAUCCCAUGAUGGGUCCUGGUGCCCAUCCCAUGAUGAUGCAUCCUCCUCACCACCCAAUGAUGGGCCCACCUGGUGAUCACGAGUACCUCGACCUCGAAGACGAGCACGACCUCAUGAGACCGACGGACUUCCUCAUGAAGGGCAUCCAAGAGCCUUUCAUGGGCCUCAUGAAGAUUUUGAAUCCGUGGAAUAUCAUCAAUAGAUUUCGAGGAUAACUAGAACCACAUUUUGCAACCCAUUUGUCCAUAUUUGUCCCCCCCCAUCAUCAUACUCACCUCAUAACUGCAAACAGUUUCCUGCCUAUCAGUUACCAAUGUGUCUGCUUGAUUACAUAAAUUUUAUUAUAGAGUAUUUCAAAAGGACAGACGACUGUAACAUCAUCAUUCAUUCCUAAUAUUUUGUGAUAUGUGGAUAUAAGUAUUUUAUCAUUUUUUUUUUAGGGCUUGGGUGUGUAUCGGCUAAUUAGUGGUUGAUACUGUGAAUUACUGACAUUUGUUUAGAUAGUGUGUAUGCAUAUCUGGUCUAACUUGAAACUCAACAGCCUUUGGUUCCCCAGUACACCAAGAAUCCUGUUCAUUUAUUCUGGCACAUUAAGAAUUGAGAUAACUACUCGAGUUGCUUAAGGUAUAAACACACUUCAAGAUUUCAUUCACUUUUCAGGAAAUCUUUUACCACCUAAUUCAGAAUAUUCCCCUGAAUGUUAUGCCUAUGUUGUAUGUAGCACUUCAAACUUAAAAUAUGGUUUUGUAUGUACUAGAUUGCCAUUGUCUUCGUGUAUGACUGACAGGAGAGCUCAGUGACAAAAAAUUUUGUAUUGGUGUCCAAAACUUGUAAAACAAAUGGACGUAAAACUCGACUAUCUGAAAUGGAAAUACAGAAUCCCUAAAUGGCACACCAUCACAAAUCCAGUAGUGCCUAGCUUAGUGAUAGUGGCCAUUUUGCUUACUUGCUUUGCAGUUAAAGUAAAUCAGCUGGAGCACCUCAGAGGUUUUUCUCUUUGUAAGACAAAGCCAUUGUAAAUGAGCUGCUGCUUAAAAAUUUAUUGGUUUUAUUGGUGUAACUCACCAAACAUAAGGGUGCAAUCAAUGAAAAAAAAAUCCAGUUUUUUCUCUAAAGUUUCCAGUUUAUGUAUAACCACACGUUAUUCCUGAGUUCACCAGAGUUUAUUUCUCUGGUUUUCAGUAGACUAUGUAUAACCACAGUUUUACUGGAGUUUAUUGUUAAUCACAUCAGUUAUUUACAAUACCAAAAUAUUUCCGGUUCUACUUUCUGUAUGUAGAUCUGCUAGCAACAAAAAAUCUGUUACCUUAACAUUAAGGACUCUCUUUUGAGUCUGUUCUGAAAUUACCAUAUACUACUGUCAUUACACCUUCAACUUGAAGACUCAGCAAAUUGUUAUUUUUUAUUUUACUGGUUUCACCAAAAAGUUUUUUAUAGGAAUAUUUUGUUUGGUCACAUUUUUAGUUGUAGAGCAGAAUACAAAAACUAGGUAUUUAUUAACUUAACUAUAUACCUGAUAUAUAUGGGAUAUUUAAAUCCACGGAUUGAUCUAUGGUAUUUGCAGGUUUUCUUAUUUCCUCACUUCACCACAUACGAAAAUUAAAAAGUAAAUUCUUUGAACAAGUGGAGGGUUAUUAUUUUUUAAUCAGUGUAAUGUGGAAUUUGUGCAUCAGGGAAAUUACCUGAUUUCCAUGUUUAUUUUGAUUUGGGAGAAUCCCAAAGAAUGCACAUGUAGGUGCACCUUGCUAUUCAUGAAUUUCAGUUUACCAUUAUUAGCCUUAGGAACUUAAAUCCCUGCAAAUACUAUAAAGUCACUCUUAUGUGCAGUACUUUAUUUGUACUACAGUAUAGUGUAUAAAAGUUGUACAAUUAUCAAAAUAAAUUACAAAAAUAGGGAGGCUUGGAUUGGCUGAAGGGGAGGAAAGGAGGCCAUACAGAAAUAUAAUAUGCCAUUGCACACUGUCCAUUGUUGAAUUUACAUCUUGGUAACUGAAAGUUAGACUUCUCUUGAAUAAUCACUUUGUUCGUCAUCUCUCAUCAGGAUGAGGCAAUUGACGACUUUUUUUUUACUCUAUUUUCGUUAAGCGUAUGUGUUUUGAACGAGUAUGUAAAGUUGCCUACAGAGGUAACAGUUGUAUAGUAUUAGAAUGAUGAAUCCAGUGAUAAAAACCAUAGCAUGUAUACGGGUUUAGUUAUAAGUGCAUAUGGAAUCACCCCUAAGAACAUUCCUAUUUUCAGUUUUUUUUUUGACAAAAUUCAUUUCUUAUUACAAUUUUGAUACUAAUGACAAUUCAAAUAAGCAAAAUAAUAUAGCAUUGUAAGAAUACUGCAUUACAGUAUCUCUAAAAUACAACAGAACAUUAAUAAAUACCAUUUUCAUAGGUUAUUUCAGACCUAGGUAGUACUCACAACCGAAAACCUAAAUUGGGCUACAUUAUUGAAUCAAUUCAUAAAAUAGCUUACAGAUGGGCAAAUCAUUUUUCUCUAAUAACUUGCUAUUAAUAUGUUGAACAGAAUUCCUUUUUUCAUAAAUUUAAAAAUUACAGUUACUUCAACAUUUCCAAUAUUGUUCAAAGCUGAGGUCUUUACAAAGGCUGAAGAGAUGAUGAUUUUAAAACUGUAUGAUACCUUUAUAUAUGAUGUGAUGUCUUGUAUGUUUAUAGUUUAUGGACGUGAAGUCCCUAAAAAGACACACAAACAAAGAGGCUAUUUAUUGUAUUUAUAGAUUAAUUGCUUUACAUUUUUAUGUGCCAAACUAUAAAGCUGUGCAGAAUAUGUC